AACAAUCGAGCUUUCUUAUUCCGAUUUAGUCGCUCCGAUCGUUGUCCUCCCGCUUCCGUUUAGUCCGACAUCGUUCCGACGACUUCUGACCGUGACAUCGGCGAAGUGACUUCAAUACAACUAUUGGACUUGGUUUGCUAGCAAUGGAGAAAGGAGCACCUCCUAGCAUCUUUGUGAAUGAUGGGUCAUUCAUGGAAAGAUUCAGACAGCUUCAACAGGAGAAAGAUAAAGACAAGGACAAGGUUGCCCCUGUUGAGGAUUCUAAGCCUGUGAAGAUAAUAUCUGGGAUUUCAAAUCCCAAACCUUCUGCUAGUAAAAUUUCCAUUGGAUUAAAGACCAAUGAUGCCCAGAAGAAAGGUGGGAAGCUUGCUUUCAGCUUGAAGCAAAAGUCUAAGCUUCUUGCGCCUCCUAUAAAGCUUGGUACAGAAGAUGAUGAGGAUGAGGAGGAUUCAAAAAAUGAUCAAGGCUUUGGAUCUGCCAAGCGUCAAAAGCUAGAUCAGAGAGACACGCCUGUAAAGUCAGCAAAAGUAUCUGAUGUUGCACCACUUCCACCCAGUGAUCCUACUGUGAAGAAAGUUGCUGAUAAACUAGCAAGUUUUGUUGCUAAGCAUGGAAGGCCAUUUGAGCAUAUUACACGGCAAAAGAAUCCUGGGGAGACACCAUUUAAAUUUCUUUUUGACGAGAACUGUGCGGACUACAAGUACUAUAUAUUCAGGCUGUCUGAAGAGGAAAAAUCAGUUUCACAAACCAAGGAAUCUGGUGUACUUCACAGUGGUGAUGCAGGCCCGCGAACAUCCACAGCAGCAAUGACUUUGCAAAAGCCAGCUCAUCAACAAGCAGGUUAUCAGAUUCCUGCCUCAGCCCUCUAUGAUGCUCCUGAUGAACCUGGAGCUUCUUCUAGAUCUGCUCAGGCAACAAUUACAAGACCCAGCAACAGUGACUCCUCUAGUGGGCCGAGGGGUGCAGACCCUAUAUCAAUGAUGGAGUUUUACAUGAAGAAGGCUGCCCAAGAGGAGAAAAUGAGACGUCCUAGGCAGUCAAAAGAUGAAAUGCCCCCACCAGCUUCACUUCAAGGCCCAUCUGAAACUCCCUCCACAGACCCUGGAAAGAGAGGUCAUCACAUGGGUGACUAUAUCCCUCUCGAGGAGUUGGAUAAGUUCCUUGCAAAGUGUAACGAUGCAGCUGCACAAAAAGCCACAAAGGAGGCUGCUGAGAAGGCCAAGAUCCAAGCAGAUAAUGUUGGACAUAAGCUCUUGUCGAAAAUGGGUUGGAAAGAAGGUGAAGGUAUAGGAAGCUCCAGAAAGGGGAUGGCAGACCCUAUUAUGGCAGGAGAUAUAAAGACAAACAACUUGGGAGUUGGGGCUUCUGCUCCUGGAGAAGUUAAGCCUGAGGAUGAUAUAUACGAGCAGUACAAGAAGCGAAUGAUGCUGGGUUACAAACACAGACCCAAUCCACUGGGAAAUCCCAGGAAGGCGUAUUACUAAGGAUCAAUCAACAUGCUGCGCACAAUUAUUACCUAUCUCUCACCUCAGCACUGGCUGAGCUUUUGUUUUUCUAUUAAAAAGAAUGUUCAAGUUUUUUAGAUUUCUGACUGAUAAUUUGAAGUGUUGGUAUGGAUUGAACUUGCGUUUCAGUGUGCAAAUAGAUCUCGUUGACAGAAAUAUCAGUUGAAAUACAAUGGAUCUAUUAUUGGA